AAAUACACCUCCCAUAGAUGCUACACUCGUAAGAACUUUCUUGGGAUCCCUCGUCUACGAUGGCGAUGGCCACCGGUGAAGGCGACGGCAGUCCUGAGUAAGUUUAUUGGUUUCUGGGUUUUCAGUAGCAAUGGCAACUCUCUAAGAACGGACCUAUAUUUUUCUUCAACUUCUGCUCAAAACCGUCCAAUUUUCAACCAUGUGGUGCUACAUCAGCCGCAACAAAAUCAAAUCCAUUUCACUCCAUAGCUCAAUUGCAAUUGUUCCUCUUCGUUUCAUCUUCGCCGUUGAUUCUUCCCUUCAGUCUUACACCGUCACGCCGCCGAUCAAACCCUGGCCGCAGCGUCUAUACCCCAGGCGCCUCGUAUCUAUGAUCAUUGGACAACAAAAUCUAGACCUCGCCCUCCAAAUAUUCCACCACGCCGGAAAAUUUCAUCCCGGAUUUUCCCACAAUUACGAUACAUAUCAUGCGAUUGUUCAUCGUCUCUCUCGCGCUCGAGCUUUUGAACCCGUCGAAUCUCUGCUCCUGGACUUGCAGAGUUCUGGUAUCAAGUGCGGGGAAGAUUUGUUCAUUACAGUGAUUAGAAGCUAUGGGCUUGCGGGUCGGCCGAAAUUGGCCGUGAAAACAUUUCUACGGAUUCAAACCUUUGGCGUUCGACGCUCGGUGAGGUCGUUGAACACGUUGCUCAAUGCUUUGGUGCAGAACAAUCGGUUUUCUUUGGUUCAUUUGUUGUUUAAGCAUUCAAAUUCCAAAUUUGGGGUUGUACCUAAUGUGUUUACUUGCAACAUUUUGAUCAAAGCGCUUUGCAAAAAGAACGACAUCGAGGGUGCACGGAAGGUGUUCGACGAAAUGCCUGCCAUGGGUAUGGUUCCAAAUGUUGUUACUUACACUACAAUUUUAGGUGGUUAUGUUUCGAGGGGUGAUAUGGUUGGUGCCAAGAGAGUUUUUGGUGAGCUUUUCGAUCAUGGCUGGCUUCCUGAUGCGACUACUUACACAAUUUUAAUGGAUGGGUACAUCAAACAAGGUAGAUUUACUGAUGCUGUAAAGGUGAUGGACGAAAUGGAGGAAAAUGGGAUCGACCCAAAUGACAUUACUUAUGGAGUCAUAAUUGAAGCUUAUUGUAGGGAGAAGAAGUCUGGUGAAGCACUUAACCUGCUUAAUGAUAUGCUUGAAAAGAAGUAUAUACCAAACUCAGCACUUUGCUGUAAGGUGAUUGAUGUUUUAUGCUGUGAGGGGAGGGUGAAGGAAGCUUGUAAGCUGUGGGAGAGGCUUUUGAAGAAAAAUUGUACUCCAGAUAAUGCUAUUACAAGCACUCUUAUUCACUGGCUUUGCAAGGAGGGGAAUAUAUGGGAAGCAAGAACGUUAUUCAACGAGUUUGAGAGGGGCUCAAUUCCGAGUCUAUUAACAUAUAACACGCUUAUUGCAGGAAUGUGUGAGAUGGGGGAGUUGUGUGAAGCCGCUAGGCUGUGGGAUGACAUGUUGGAAAAAGGUUGUAUGCCUAAUGAAUUUACUUAUAACAUGUUGAUAAAAGGAUUUCUUGAAGUUGGUAAAGCUGAGGAAGUGAUUAAAGUCGUGGAGGAGAUGUUGGAUAAGGGAUGCUUGCCAAAUGAAUCAACAUACUCAAUAUUGGCCGAAGGGCUCCUCAAAUUGGGAAAGGGAGGAGAAUUCUCAAAUAUUCUUUCGAUGUUUAUCUCGAGCGGAGUUGUUGACUUUAAAGUCUGGCAUCUAUUUGUGCCCAAGUUUGUUUGUAAUAUGGAUGAACAGUCAAAUAUCCUCAACAAAAUAUUGAUCGAGACUUCUAGUUAGAAAUUCUUUAAUCUAACCAUCAUACUGGAGUGGAGAAAUUACUAAAGCCAGUCAUUUGUCAGCUCCGGAUAUUGAUUAGUAGACCGCCUCAGACGAAUGGGGCUCUGCCAGUGUUUUGUUUCGAUAUUUUUUAGAACAUGUUUAACAAAGAUUGUACUGUCCAUAAUUAUUCCCAAAUUGUGGCUGUUCUGCUGAUGUGCCAUUUGGGUGUAGAAGGGAAUUUUCUCUCUUCAAGGCCUCAUUGCAGCUACCUCCGAUGCCUGACAUGAGGUCAUGAUAAGCACCUCUAAACCGUCUUCUUUUGUCUAGGCAAAUGUCUAUCUCAACAUUGAAGGGUGAGACUGAGGUCUCUCUAGAUCAUCAGUCCUCCUCCCUCUUCCACACGUACUAGAAUCGCGCAAGUUGGGUUCGGCAGGCUUACAGGGAGAUUUGGAGUCUAUUUGCAGCUGAUUGAAAGAGCUAAGGAUCUUGAAGCCAUGUUGGACUCGCUCGUGAGAGCGCUGGCUGAGCCACAAGAGUUACAUGGUAGAAUCGACGAGUUGGAACCAUCGACUUGAAGAGAUCAACUCCGACAGGGUCGUGCUAGGCAACGACUCAAGUGGCCAAAUUUAAGGGAUACUGGUGUCUCAAUGCAGGUAGCCAAGCUGCAGAGACUUGCCAUUAGCGGUUCUUUUUUUAUAUAUAUAUAUUUAUAUUUGUCCUACAAUAGUUGAAUAGCGAUGUUUGUUUUGCCUCGUCAGUGGAAAUGUUUCAAGGUGCGCGUAAGCUGACCUGGACACUCAUGGAUAUUAAA